GCUUAUCGUCCCCCACCAUGAGCGAGACUACUGAUAAGCGCGCUCCCCCUCAGCCAGCAUACCUCCCCGCCCCAGGAUGCACGCUGGGUUUGCCUGCAGAGCUUUGCGCGCGUAUCGCUGGGACGGCGGAUGGGCCCGCGCACCGCGUCCCCCUCACCUCCCUCACAAUUCCCCCACGCAGCGGCGCGGCGUGGCACGUACCGAAGGGUGCCGUCUUCCGCCUGAGCACGCCCGAGGGGUCGCAGGUGGGCGAUCUCAACCUGUGGAACGCGCAAAACCCGUCGCGCGAGCGCUUCUGGGCGGCGCGGACGCGGCAGCUGCAUGCGACGCAUGUGAGUACGGGCGACCGGCUGUGGAGUUGCUUGCCGUGGAUGCGGCCGAUGUGCGCGAUUGUAAAGGAUACGCUGGGGAGAGAUGGAAGGGGACGGUGGGGAGAUGGGAAGGGGACGAGUGAGUGGGGAGGGAGGUGUCAUGAUUUGUUGGGGACGAGGUGCGAUCCGUAUGUAAACAAGAUGCUAUCUGGACGCACCUACGACUUCCAUUGUCAUUCCAACCUCACACGAGCCGUCCUGCCAUACGGUCUCACCGAAUACGACGUCCACGAUGUUCUGAACGUCUUCCAAGUCACUGGCCUCGACGACCAAGGCCGCUACUUCAUGGAAGCCAGUCCGUCCCAGCAGGAUGACUACGUCGAAUUCUUCGCGGAGCAGGAUCUGUUGUGCGCGCUGAGCACCUGCCCCGGAGGCGACUUGAGUGAGUGGGGCUGGGUAGGGACGAAGGAGGGCGAGGAUGAGGAGGGAGAGGGAGCAGUCAAGAUGAAGGCGACGUGCAAGCCGAUCAAGGUGGAGGUCUGGGCGAUUGCGGAAGAUGUGAAGGGGGAAGUGCUGAAUGGGUGGGGGGCUCAUGAAGCGGGCGGAUAUAAGGGGCUGCAUGGGUUGAAAGUACCGUUAGGCGAGAGCUCCUGAUGAGAACCUCGACUUGUAGGAAUUCGAAUGGAGCAAUGCCCCAUACUCAGCACUGCUGCUGUUGUAGACUAGGGAUCGGAAUAGCAGCGUCAUAAGGCGAGCAAA